AUUAUUUACCUACCAAUUACCACAUGGGUUUUGAAGGUUUAAGAAUUCUAAGUUAAAAUCGCUAUAUUAUAUCAAAUUAAAAUUCAUUAAAGUGUUUAAUACAAAAUGUCUGACGUACCGGAUCUUAGCUCGGACGACGAGCAUUACCAAGAGGACGAAUGGCAAGAAAUGGAGGCUACCGAAACACCAGUUACGUGCUUAUUUUGCUCAAAUAUAUUUCCGAAUGUCGAUGAAACUGUCGUUCACUGUGAGAAAGUACACGGAUUUGACUUGAGUACUCUGAAAAUCAAGUUUAAUAUGGACUGCUAUUCAUACAUCAAGUUAAUAAAUUAUAUUAAAACUCAUAAAUCAAACGCUGAGGAUAUAAUGCGUGCUGACAAGUCGCUUUGGGACGAUGAAAAGUACUUACAGCCCGUAGGAAAUGAUGAGUGGUUAAUGUUUGACUUCGAUUCUAUAACAGAAAAGUCGCACUCUCCGAAAACGUAUCACGCGAAUGUAGAAAAUGGUGUAGUUACUUUAUCUCAAGCCCAUUUCCUUGAACUGCAAAGGACUAUACAGUCGUUGACUGAACAGUUUAAAGAAAGUCAGACUCACCUCCAGAUGGCUAAGGAGGAUAUGAGUACAAUGCAGGUAUCGAUGCAAUCUAUUGUAGAUGGAGGUUCUGUGAAUAAUAUAGGCGAUAGUACAUUAAUAGUCGACUGUGUCUCCAAAGUUCCUUUAGAAUGCGAUGAAGGAUAUUUCAACAGUUAUGCACAUUUUGGUAUUCACUAUGACAUGUUAUCAGAUAAGGUUCGUACACAAAGCUAUAAGGAUGCUAUUUUAAAGAAUACAAACAGUAUAAAAGACAAAGUGGUCCUUGAUUUAGGGUGUGGAACAGGAAUACUGUCCAUGUUUUCAGCUACAGCAGGAGCUAAAAAAGUGUAUGCCUUAGAUCAAUCUGAUGUAAUAUACCAUGCUAUGGAUAUAAUAAGGGAAAAUAAACUAGAAAAUGUUAUUAAAACAGUAAAGGGCAGGCUUGAAAAUACAAAAUUGGAUAGUAAAGUUGAUAUUAUUGUAUCAGAAUGGAUGGGAUACUUUUUACUCUUUGAAGGGAUGUUGGACAGUGUCAUAUAUGCUAGAGAUAAUUGCUUAAAUCCUGGAGGAAUAUUGUUACCAAAUAGAUGUAACAUAAGUCUUGUAGCAAAUGGAGAUACUGACAUGCACAAAAAGUUAAUAGAGUUCUGGUCAGAUGUGUAUGGAUAUAAAAUGAACUGUAUGAAAUCAGAGGUGGUAAGAGAAGCAAGUGUAGAUAUUGUGUCAUCUAACCACAUAAUAUCUGAACCAUGUAUUGUUAAAGAUAUUGACUUGUAUACUUGUAGUACUGACAUAGUAAAUUUUACCUCUGAAUUUAAACUACCAAUAAUUUCAGACGGAUUUGUGACAUCCCUUGUUGGUUAUUUUGAUACAUUCUUUGAGUUACCACAAACUGUUUCCUUCUCGACAGGCCCACACGAAACUCCAACACAUUGGAAACAAACAUUAUUCUUUUUCAGAGAUUGUAAAGAGGUCAAAAAAGGGGAUGUCAUUGAAGGCACAAUCACUUGCAGUCGUCUAAAAACAGAUGUCAGAGGACUCUCUGUAUUAAUAAAUAUUUUUGGAAAGAGCCAUAAGUUUAUACUUAGUUAAAUAUGUCAACUAAAAUUAGUUUUUUAGACUGAACAAGAGUGUUUAGUUAAGUUCGAAAGAGUUCUGUUAAAGCUUAUACUGUGUGAAGGUCAUUACUAAAAUUUGUGUAUGAAAAUGUGAUAUAGUCUAAAAAAUGCAUGCUGCACAUGUCUCAAUCAGACCUAUAGAAUAAGCAAUAGAUGUGCAGACAACAAAAUAAAUGAUGUACCUUAGAUCUUUAUUAUGAAAUGUAUAAUAUAAUUCUCCACAGAUUUGGUUUCAAGCUCUAUAUAAUAUCUCUUAGUCUUAACAGCCUUCGUAUUUGCCUUAUAUUUUUUUUAAAUAACAAUGUGUUAUAAUAACUCUGCUUAUAACACAUUGUUAAAUAAUGCAGGAUACUUGUGUACUGAAUAAUAAUGGAAUAUCUGUUUAAUCUUGACUAUUAUUAAUUAUAUAUAAUUGUUGAGCAGAAAAAAAAUGUGUCACUAGUUAAUAAAAGUUAAUUGAAUACUGUUAUUAGUAAACCAAAAAGGCUUAUGGCCUAGCUCUCUCAUAAUUCUUUCAUAUAAAGCCAAAACAGCCAACUUAGCUUAACCUACAAUUACAGGAGGUGUUUUAUAUAAAUAUUGUUUACACUUCAAUGUGCUGUUUAAUUGAAGUAUUAACAUCAAAAACAAAGUAUUAACAUUGUCUUUAAAAAUAUUUAAAAUGAAGAACUUGUUCUGUGUAAGUUACAUUAAGAAGGUGGUAAUGGCUUGAUCUAAGUAUAACAAUUUUAUAAUAUCUUGCCUUGUUGGUCUAGUGGUUAGCAUGUUCAAUCAUGGGGAUCAGGGUUCAAUUCUUGGAGUUGACAACAUGUAUUGAAUUUUUUAGAGAGCAUGUUAUGCCAUCUGUCCCAAGAUGUGAUAAUUAUGUUUAAACCAGAUUGAAUUGAAAAGCUGCAGGUGUAGCAGGAGACAGCCAUUGUUGAUUUGAGAUCCUUGCUCUGUGCCGAAGAUGAUUAUGUACACAAGAUAAAUAUUUAGUUAAAAAUGUUCUACCAAUUUACUAUUAUAGAAAGUUUAACUUUCAUUACAUAUAGCUUGUAAUAUUUUGUGAUAUAAGUAUAAUAUUUAAAAUUGCCAUUUCUCCUAGCAAAGCAGUGUUGUUUAUUUUAAUGUAUGAUACUUUUUAUAAAACCUUUAUCUUUUUAAAACUUUUUAUAAUCUUUAUUAAAAUGUAUGUAUGUAUUUUUUAAUAAUGUAUUUUUGCUGGAGUAUGGUAACCAUGCCCUAUUAGUAACUUAAAAAAUAGUACCUACAUAUUGAAAAAGGCAUAUUUUGUUGAAAAUGCCAAAUUAGUAUUGGUAAAUUACUAUGUAUGUUACCAGCUUUUUUAAUACAUGCUGUUGUUUUGGUUCAGUGUGCUUAAAACCCGUAAGUUUUUAGGGUUAACUAUUAAUCAACGUGAUGGUUUCUUAAAAUAAUCAUACUUUUGGCAUUAAUUUUUAAGAAAAAUAAUGUUACGGUUUCAAUUCAUUUACUUUUUCUUUAAAAAAUCGUAGUUCGGUUCUAUAGUUAUUUUGUAAACAAAUGUUUCGAACAAAUGUUUCUAUCUCUAAUUGUAGCACCCGAAAUAAAAUCUAGUACUCGGAAUACUGAAUGUAUGAUAUAAUAUUUCAACUGUUGAAAUAAAUAUUUUUAAUGAUU